AUGACAGGCCAGCCUGGCUUCGGGCGCAAAGACUCUGCCACCGAAGGCAGCAGGGCCAACGCCAAAGGUAUUGGGAGUGCCUGGGGCCAGCCUGCCGGGGCACCGCCUGGGCCUGGGGCACCACCCAAUGGAGCUCUUGGGGCGAGCUGGGGCGACCCUGUUCCAGCCAAAGCACCCGCAGCGCCUGCAGAUCCUAGGGUUGAUUGGUUCUGCCGUCAACAUGGCUUGGAUGCGGUGGUCGAGAGACGCCUGAGACAGCUGGCCCCUGACGCACAGCGUCGCGUGAUGGACGAGGGCCCUAUUGGCGCCAAUCCUUCCUUCGAAGUGACGAGUCGAAUCCACCGAAUCGAAGCCUGGGAACAUGGCCAUCAUGUGUCGAGCUUCUGUGCGCGCCACAUCGUCUCCCCGCAAGCCCAGGAUGCACUCAAAGCCCUUUCGCCGGACAUUGCACGCAAGGUUAUGUCCACGCCGCUCACUAGCCCGGAUCCUUCCAGCGAGCUCCUUGCGCGAUGCAACGAUGCCGGCAAGGACUCGGCGGUGCAGUGA